AUUUGGAGAAAUCUGCCAGAAUAAUGCUAAAAUUCAGCGUGUCGCACCGACAGCUCCCUCUUCAUUACCUACGACAGACCAUGACGCCCAAGCCUGCAAGUAAACAGAUCGGAAACAUGGAGGGGCGAAAAGAGAGGAAUAGUACAACUAUUUCUUCUUCGUAUUGUGAAAUAUAUCAGCAAAGUCCAUGUAAGUCUGCCGUGGUUUUGUGGAGAAAUUCUCCGACCCCGAGAAAAAAAUUGAGUCCCACGAAGAGGAGGUCCGGUUUGAUCCAGCCGGAAGUGAUCCCCCGAAGGAGGAGCCCUCUGAAGCGGACAGAGACGAUGCAGAUGAAGGUGUGGAGCAGUCAGUUACACCGACUGAAAAGGAAGACAGAAUCUCUGAGGAAGAAGGACAAUGAAAUCAAAGAGAAAUUUCUAGAGAUCAGAAGGAAAGCGAAGCGUGUGGUUUCUGCCACUGGAUUCUCUCUGACAGACAGCGAAGAUGACGCCACUCCCACAAAAAGAGCGAAAAUGACAACUUCGGUUAAAGACAGGUCCGUAAAAAUGAUGACCAAAGACAUCAAAAUCGAAUUUUCGGCAAAGUUGCAGGCAAAUAAACAUGCGUGGGCUUAUGAAGACCCAUGUGUCUUGCCUAGAAAAGUGAAACGUGUGUCGGAUGAAAUAAUGGAUGUGAACCAAAUGUACUCGUCGCACCUUUUGGACGUUCCUAAGAGACGAUAUAAAAUGCCUCAGAAACGCCACCGGUCGGGAUCCGACAUUCCGUCCGGAAGCGGAAAUGAUGUCACAUCUUUGUUUCCUAUUCCGUUCCCAAGGACUUUCCUGAAACAUGGGAAAAAGUGCACUAACUGCUAACU